UAAUCUUUUUUAUCCAUCAUGUAGAUCCAGUUAAAUACUAUGGCUGUUCACCAUGGCCGGGGUUUGAGUGCCUGAUGAGGGAUUGUUUGAGGGAAAAUCCUCAGGACAGACCCACUUCCACUCAGGUGUUCGACCGUCUGAACUCUGCAGAGAUGUUGUGUGUGCUGCGAGAGCUGACGGUAUUGGGUUUGCCCGGCGAGUGUUUGGCAGUCUCCGGUUCGACCGGGGGUGUUAACGGAGAAAGAGACGUCCGCGUGUGGAUCGGAGGAGGCAGCAGCAGCCAGAAAUUGGGCUGUGUGACAUCACUGGAUCUGGAGACUGGAAAGAGCUUUAGACAAGAGAUUGACAGCAGUCCUGUCCUGUGUCUGGCGACGGUCCGAGCUCCAGGGUCACAUCAUGACUGGUUAGUCGCUGGUACUCAGUCUGGUUCACUCUUUAUUAUAGACGCACAGAGCGCAGAGAUUCUGCACAGUCUGAAGAGUGUGACGGACUCUGUGACAUCACUGUACUUCCACAGUGACCUUCAGCACAGAGGCCUGAAGAGUAACCUGCUAGUGGGGACAGCUGAUGGGACGCUAGUCGUUUAUGAAGAUUCAGUUUUGAAGGUUAAAAAUGGUGCUCCAGUCAAAACACUGCAGGUUGGUGAUGUUAGCACACCGCUGAUGUGUCUCGGCCCGUCCAGUCACUUUCAGGAGCGCAGAGCUCUGUGGGCCUCCUGUGGUACGAGGGUCAUCUCCCUCACUGUUAAAUACGACAUCUGCAGAAGCAUAAACACCAAACUCAAACAACUCAAUCUGCAGCAGGGCUGUAUCAGCAGUGACGCUUGUAUAUUGCGAUUAGCGGUGGACAAACAUGUGUAUGUGAGUAAAACAGGAAGCCAAAGUGUGGAAGUCUGGGACAAGAAGACUGAGAGGAUGGUGAACCUCAUCGACUGUGCUAAAUUACUCAAACUAAGUUGCACCAGAAAGGUUCAGAGUGAAGACACGUGCCGAGAAAUGCAGUCGUCUUUGGCAACGGUUAAAGGUCUGCUGGUUCAGCACAGUGGUACUCUGUGGAUCGGGACUAGAUCAGGAUUCAUUCUGCUGGUGGAGAUCACGAACAGUCAGCUGCUGCAGAGCAUCAGCCUGAACUGCCACUCCAUGCGUUGCAUGGAUUCUGUACUGCUAGAAACACUAAACCGAAAGAAUUGUAUUCUAGUGUUGGGCAGAUGUCAACGCAUGCCAAAUGACCAAAUCAAAACACAAUCAGGUCAGGAUUCGGUGCUGAUGGUAUGGAGCGGUUCACUUCCUCUGGAGGUCAGAGAUCUGAACCGACACUGUGAGCUUCGAGACAAUAUAACCACUAAAAUGAGAGAGACACUCCGUGACUGAACGUCGCAUCUGCCUGUGUGUCAUUUUCUGUGAUAUUACCUGAGACAACUGAUUUUUUGCUGUUUGACAAAGGGACCUGUGCAAAAUGACAGUGAAUACAAUCAAGGGAAACAAUUUUUUGUUACAUCUCAAAUGUAGCUGUAGAUUGAUGUGUCUAUAUUGAAAACUGAAAUAAUGGUGAACUUUACAAGCCAUAAUGAAAAUGGGAAACACUUCAGUUAGUUUAUUGCUUUUAUUCACAAUAGUAAAGCCAUACAAAACAUAGGAGACUGCCAUGCUUUAAUAAAGCAGAUCUGAGAUCCCUUUAGACAUGCUAACCCCACCAUUUUUAGAUCUCAGGACAAGUAAAAACGUAUUAUUGAAUUUAUUAUUAUUUUAACUUUUGUCAUCGUAGUAACUGCUAUUUUAGCAGAAAUGUUGUCAUAGUCAAUGUUUGUGAGGGACUGGACGGAGAUGACAAUUCAUUGUUGAUUCCAAUGCAAUCCACUAUCUGAUAACUUUAAAGUUAUACUACAAUCACUAUGCAUAAAUAUGCAUACAAGAAAUAUAAGCCAUGGUGAAUAAGCCAUUUAAGAAAUAACUGUUAUAUGUUUGAAUUAUUAUUACAAAUCUGUCAUGUUAUUUUUUAUUGUGGUGGGAAUGAAAUUAUUAUUUUUGUUGUCAGGUGUGUAUGCGGUUUUUAGUAAAAUGAAAAAAUUCUGUUUCGUGUAUGUUGUGCAGUCGUCGUUUCUUUAUUAUUAAUUUACCAUUAGUGUUUAAACAUUUUCUGAUAUGUAAUGAGCCUACAUAAACUAUUUAAACAUUCUAAUGGUAAUAUAAAGAAUAUAAAACAAUGAAAUAGAUACAUUCGCGAGUCCUCCCUGUCACGCGGUGGAGUGAUUUAUUUUGACGAUAUGUAAAGCGCUCAAGAAGAAGAGCGUUUGCUCCUCCCACAAUAAAAAACACUGGAAUGUCUACUACCUGAAUUGCAGUAUGAUAAAGUGGGCGUGGCUUAGUUGUGCGGCAUUUGGGCCAUUCUCCUUUUAGAAUCAGAAAGAGCUUUAUUGCCAAGUACUGUAUGUUUGCACAUACAAGGAAUUUGUUUUGGUGACAGGAGCAUCCAGUACACAGAAACAGCAACAACAGUACACAGAGACCAUAACACAAUAGAAUACAUGCAGUACACAGUUGAAACUGAUUGUAUUGGAAAAACAAACAUUUUAGUCUUCUUCACGGAGUGUUUCAAGUUUGGACGGAUUUACAUUUGUAUAUCAGAUACGAAAUGCUCAAAAGAUUAUAUUUUUAGCGUACAAAUGUCAAGAAGUGUCCUGUUUAUAGGUUUUUCUGAGCCUUAAAGCGCCCUCUGCAGGAAUAUAUCAUUUAUGUCUCUUAAUAAAGUUACUUCUCACUAAA